UCUUCCUUAGGUCCCACUUUCACCAAAAAGCUCAGCAAGACAACAUGCCUCCCAAGAAACCAGAGCCUAAGAAGGAGGCGGCCAAGGCCCCAGCCCCAGCCCCUGCCGCAGCCCCAGCCCCGGAGCCACCCAAGGAACCUGCCUUUGACCCCAAGAGUAUAAAGAUAGACUUCUCUGCUGACCAGAUCGAAGAGUUCAAAGAAGCCUUCUCGUUAUUUGACCGGACCCCGACUGGAGACAUGAAGAUAACCUACGGGCAGUGUGGGGACGUGCUGCGGGCCCUGGGCCAGAACCCCACCAACGCCGAGGUGCUGCGUGUCCUGGGCAAGCCCAAGCCCGAAGAAAUGAAUGCCAAGAUGCUGGACUUUGAGACAUUCCUGCCCAUCCUGCAGCACAUCUCCCGCAACAAGGAGCAGGGCACCUACGAGGACUUUGUGGAGGGGUUGCGCGUUUUCGACAAGGAGAGCAAUGGCACAGUUAUGGGUGCUGAGCUUCGGCAUGUUCUGGCCACUCUGGGGGAGAAGAUGACUGAAGCUGAAGUGGAACAGCUGUUAGCUGGCCAAGAGGAUGCCAAUGGCUGCAUCAAUUAUGAAGCCUUUGUCAAGCACAUCAUGUCUGGGUGAAUCAGAUUCCUCCAGGUG